AGGAGGAAGUUGGAGGUUUGGGGAUUCUGAGAAAGCUGCUCCUGCGGCUGCGGGGGUCUGGGUGGCCAUGGAGGAGCCCCCUUUGCGAGAGGAGGAGGAAGAAGAGGAGGAGGAAGGGGACGAGGCUGGGCCCGAGGGGGCUUUGGGCAAGAGCCCCUUCCAGCUGACGACCGAGGACGUGUAUGACAUCUCCUACGUGAUGGGCCGCGAGCUGAUGGCCCUGGGCAGCGAUCCCCGGGUGACACAGCUGCAGUUCAAGAUCGUCCGCGUCCUGGAGAUGCUGGAGACGCUGGUGAAUGAGGGCAACCUGACGGUGGAGGAGCUGAGGAUGGAGAGGGACAACCUGAGGAAGGAGGUGGAGGGGCUGCGGACAGAGGGCUCGGCGGCCGGCGGGCAGGUAAACCUGGGACCGGACAAAAUGGUGGUUGACCUGACAGAUCCCAACCGACCACGCUUCACUCUCCAAGAGCUGCGGGACGUGCUCCAGGAGCGCAACAAGCUCAAGUCCCAGCUGCUGGUGGUGCAGGAAGAGCUGCAGUGUUAUAAGAGUGGUCUAAUUCCACCAAGAGAAGGCCCAGGAGGAAGAAGAGAAAAAGAUGCCCUUGUUGCCAAGACCAGCAAGACCAGCAGUAACAAGGAGGAGAAGACAAUCAUAAGGAAGCUGUUCUCUUUCCGAUCGGAGAAGCAGAUGUAG